AUCAAGGAGGAUCGUUGAAACAAAUUAAUACCGACAAGUAAAUUGGCACAAGCAAAAGAGAUUUAAUCACUCGACUUCCGCUAAUUUUACACAAAUCGCACGACUGAUCGAUCGAGCAUCGAAGUGCAUCCUUUCAGAGUGUACGCACGUGUGCGUGUCCGUGUCUUCGCACAUGCGUAGUGUUGACAGCUAAGUAGAAGGGUUGGGCCCGUCGUCGUCGUCGUCGUCGUCUUAACUUAAAGAGGGAGAGAAGGAGAUCGACAUGUUCCGUGGACCAGAGGAAGAGAAGAGAGACCGAUAGAAGCAGAGAGCAGUAGAUAAGGACGGUCAAAGAUGUUGAGGAGAGAGAAUGAGAGAGAGAGAGUCCUCCCAGAUGAGUCCUCUCUUUGAGUUCACAAUCUGCAGCUCCAGUCUCGCGCCGAGUCCCGCCGCGGCGCAUCCUUUCGGGGUCCGUCUCCCUUAGGAUCGAUCUGUCUUGAACGGGCCAAAAGAUCUCAUCACUGAUCCGUCAGAAAAUCGGAAGUCGCUAAGGUGUUCGGCGAUCGCGAAGAAUUGGAUCUUUUAUAUUAACUUUCGAUUGGUGACGUGGAUCUUUUGAUUGAAACCUGUACGCGCUAUUGCCUCUUGGAUAUUCCAUCGAUGCGCUACUGUUCAACGAAAUCGAAACACCACGAAGAAAUGUGUCUUACAAAAUUUCAUCUUUUUUUAUUAUACGUUAAUAAAGCCAAUUUUCGAUAGAUUAAGUUCUAUUAGUAGACUCAAAAACGCAACUAAAAUUGUUUGUGCUAAAUGACUUGACAUUAACUAAACUAAAUUUAGAGAACACAUUAAUAUUUCGGUGGUGUUUCGAUUCCAAUGGCGCGCAUUACUUCCUAUUGUCGAAACAUUACGGAUAGCAAUAAACUUCGAAGUUCCAAAUUUUUUAGGAUAAGACGAUCCAUUCGUAAUUUUUUUCUGAUUUCACACGUUUCUCUUAAUAGAAAAGACAAUAUUUUUUAUUGAAAAUAUUUGCUACCAUAUCAUCAAUUAUAUCGUAGAUUAUUCGCGGCGCGGACCUAGGAUAUUGGAUUGUGAGACACGACUUGAAGAGUGCUGACUCGAGCGAGCGAUUUUUUGACGGUGAUCUUUGAUCGCGGCUGCCGGCUCGUUUACGCGUGAUCGCACGCGAAGUUGAAGAUCAUCAGGCCGGACACAAUUAAUUGCGAUAUGUGCGAUCGUCGAUCGGCCCACGCGUGUGUCGCAGAUCUGUUUGCGCGAAUAUUUACGAGCGGUUCGUGUUAGUUAUGGAAUAAUGCUAGACUGCUGAUGGUAUAAACACAGACGGUGGAAUGAUCGCAACGACUUGGAGAAAUUCCUCGAGAUCGAUCAAGGAUCAUGCGUGUUAAAUGCGCGAGUAUCAAAGUUGCAAGUUAAAAGGAUAAUCCAGAACAAUCGAAAGAGAAAUCAGAUCGGGGACAGGAAGCUGCGAAUCCUUUAUGCAGGAUGUCUGCAUUAUUAUUAGCAGCCUGGAUCGUCCUGGCAUGUUGCUUCGUUCAGGAUGGUGCAGCAACGGGGCAACGUUAUACUCCGAGUUCCACCCAAGACUUGGACAACACCCUACAAUCAGUGGCACCCCUUGGGCCAAACGUGUGUAGAUCGAGGUAUAAAAACUAUUGCUGUCCAGGAUGGACAAAAAAACCAGAAACAGGACUGUGCGUUAUUCCGAUUUGUACGAGACGCUGCGGUCCUCUAGGGAGAUGCAUAAAACCCAACAUCUGUUUAUGCGAAGGUGACAUCGUCGCUUCUACCUGUACUAGCGGACAAAGCAAAGUUAUCACCCACGAGACCGGUGAACGCGGUGAUCGCGGUGAGAACGGUGGGUGCAGAGUUCACUGUAUAAAUGGAAAUUGCGUCGACGGCCGGUGCCAGUGUCGUAAUGGAUACCAGGGAGAAUUUUGCAACGAACCUAUCUGUCGGGAGCCCUGCUUGAACCAAGGAAGAUGCAUCGGCCCAGAUCGCUGCGCCUGCAUCUACGGGUAUACCGGAAGACGUUGUGAAACUGAUUACAGGACCGGGCCCUGCUACACUAAAGUGAAGAACGGUCAGUGCUUGGCGAAUCUCCAAGGGGUGGUUUGUACGCGACAGUUAUGCUGCGCCACCGUCGGCAAGGGCUGGGGACACCCUUGUGAGAGAUGUCCGGUCAGAAUGGACUGCGAGUUGGGUUACUUGAAGACCAAUCAGGGUCAAUGCGUCGAUAUCAACGAGUGCGAAGCAAUUCCUGGACUGUGCCAAGGUGGAAAGUGUCUGAACACCCCUGGUUCGUUCACCUGCGAAUGUCCUCCGGGACAAGCGAGGGAUCCUGAGACCAAUGAAUGCAAGGACAAGGACGAGUGUCAAGAGCAAGGCAUUUGCGCCGACGGUCGAUGCAUAAAUACAAACGGCGGCUAUUACUGCCAUUGCAACCCAGGAUUCAUACAAAGCCAGGACCGCAAAUAUUGCAUCGACGGCAGGCAGGGAUUGUGUUUCACAGCGGUGAACCGUAAUGGACAGUGUAAGAAUCGACUGGCGAUGAGACUGAGCAAGAAGGAUUGUUGUUGCGGCAAGAACAUGGGUCGAGGUUGGGGUGACGAAUGCUUUAUCUGCCCUAAUCCUGGCAGCGAUGAUUACAACAGGCUUUGCUCGCAACUGCAGUUUUUCACCGAGGUGAAUGAGUGCGCGCUGCGACCGGACAUUUGCGGCGACGGGCACUGUAUCGAUACUAAGGAAGGUUACGAAUGCGAAUGCUACCCGGGAUUCACGAGAAAGCCCGGUGGUAGGUGUGAGGACGUAGACGAGUGUCAGUUAGGUUAUUGCCAAGGCGGAACCUGUCGCAAUUACCCUGGCAGCUUCGCCUGCAACUGUCCACCCGGCUUUGUCGUGUCCGGCGAAGGCAGAUACUGCACAGAUCACGAUGAAUGCCAAGAUACGGGAAUGUGUACCAAUGGACAUUGCAUCAACAUGAACGGGUCCUUUAAAUGCAAGUGUAACGACGGUUACACCCUGUCACCGUCAAAGAACACCUGCGUAGAUAUCAACGAGUGUAUAGAAAAUCCGAGAAUUUGUCUAAACGGCCGUUGCGAAAAUACACCAGGAUCUUACCACUGUAUCUGCCAAUCGGGUUUUACACCCUCGCGAGACAAUACUUUCUGCGUGGAUAUGGAUGAAUGUUCUACUAGCGGCAUGUGCGAGAACGGAAAAUGCGUUAACAUGGAAGGAUCUUUCAAAUGCGUCUGCGACUCUGGCUUCAGAAUUGGUCCUGAUUUGAGUCAUUGCAUUGAUAUCGACGAGUGUGUAAGUUCACCCUGUCAAAAUGGACGUUGCAUCAAUACACUUGGCAGUUUCCGAUGUGAGUGCCACUUGGGAUUCAAUUUAGGUCCUGACGGAAGGUCCUGUCUAGAUACGAGAAGAGAUCUGUGCUAUUCGCAGUACAGAGACGGCCAAUGUUCCAACCCGACAUCCACUGCCGUGACAAAGUCCAGUUGUUGCUGUUGCACGGUAAUCCUGGGCCAGCCGUUGGGCUGGGGCAGCACUUGUCAGCCCUGUCCGCUUCCGGGCACCUCAGAGUUCGAAGCCUUAUGUCCGCAUGGCGCCGGAAUGACUUACAAUGGCGAUGAUAUCAACGAGUGCGCCCAAAACCCGAAUAUCUGCAUCAAUGGCGGAUGCGAGAAUCUUAUGGGGACGUAUCGAUGUAUCUGCGACAGUGGAUACGAAGUGGAUGCGACAGGAAAGAUAUGCAGCGACAUCAAUGAGUGCGAGCUAGAAGACUCUUUGUGUAGCGGUGGGCAAUGUCGAAACACGCCUGGCAGUUUCCAGUGCAUUUGCCCUACGGGUAUGCGAUUCAAUACACAAAAUCAAAUGUGCGAGGACGUGGACGAAUGUGAGGAGUUGGGACCAGAGGUAUGCUUCAACGGCAUAUGCAUCAACACUCUGGGAGCUUACGAGUGCGAGUGUUCACCGGGAUACAUUCUAGACAACACUGGCCAUAUCUGCAUGGACAAUCGGAAAGGUUCCUGCUGGACCAAGAUGGUAGAUGGUCGUUGCGAGAACAAUCUACCGAGAGUAGCUUUGCGUUCGGAGUGUUGCUGUUCUGUCGGCGUGGCCUGGGGCAGCCCUUGCGAGAUCUGCGAUCACUCUCUCUGCGAGUGCUCAAAGGGCUACACGAAGGCGGAUGGCAAGGGCUGCACGGAUAUCAACGAGUGCGAACUCAACAGUGGUAUCUGUAAGGGUGGCGGUACUUGCGUUAACACAGACGGCUCGUAUCGUUGUGAAUGUCCACCUGGUCUCACCUUGGAUGCAGCACAUACCACUUGCACCGACACCAGGCAAGAAACUUGCUUCUUGGACUAUCGUCAUGGCCAAUGCACCAGUCCCAUAGAAGGCCAUUUCCCUAAAAGCCUCUGCUGUUGUUCCGUCGGCCGAGCCUGGGGUAGCGAUCGGUGCGAGCUGUGUCCCAAAAUGGGCACACAGACCCAUGCAGAGUUGUGCCCUCGGGGCGAAGGUUUCACAGAACGUCAAGAUAUCAAUGAAUGCAUCGAGUUUCCGGGCAUGUGUCUGAACGGUAGAUGCAAGAACACGAUCGGCAGUUACAGUUGCAGAUGCAAUCAAGGUUAUGCGCUCGAUGAGCAUGGAAUUAAGUGCAACGAUAUCGACGAAUGCGAAAUCAUGCGUGGAGUUUGCGGGAAUGGCACCUGCAGAAACAUGCCCGGCCAUUUUCAGUGCGACUGCAAUUCUGGUUAUCGCAGCAGCGACAUCAUGAAGAUUUGCAUGGAUAUAAAUGAGUGCGAGGAGAUGCCGGGAUUGUGUCGCGGCGGCACUUGUAUCAACACCGAGGGGAGCUUCAACUGUCAGUGCCCUCCGGGGCACGAACUGGGGCCCGACAAGCAGUCCUGCAAAGACAUAGACGAGUGCUCGAGGACCAGUGGUAUUUGCUCGAACGGCGUCUGCGAGAAUAUGAUGGGCACCUAUCAAUGUAUAUGCGACGACGGCUAUCAACAAACGGGUCUCAGAUCCCACUGCGAAGAUAUCAACGAAUGCGCAAUUGGCAACGGUAAUUGCGAGGACAUUUGUCUGAACACUCCGGGCAGCUUCUCCUGCUCUUGUCGCACUGGUUACGCUUUGAAUCUGGACGGUCGAACUUGCGUGGAUGUAGACGAGUGCAAGGAGAACCCACGAAUCUGCAACGGAGGUAAAUGCAGAAAUACACCAGGCGGCUACAUAUGCAACUGUACGAACGGUUUACUUCCUGGAAGAGACAGUAUGUCCUGUUCAGAUGUCGAUGAGUGCGCAACGCAACCAAGAAUAUGUGGAUUCGGCGAGUGCUACAAUACGAUCGGCUCCUUCAACUGUCGCUGUGAGGAAGGAUACUCGGUGAAGCCAGCGGAAGGACCCGCCUGUAGCGACGACGACGAAUGUCGCUUAAACGCUUACUCCUGCAGCGAGUUUGCCGAGUGUCAGAAUACUCAAGGCUCAUACGUGUGUACCUGUCACGAGGGUUUCACCGGAAACGGGAUCGAAUGCUGGGACAUUAACGAAUGUUCCACGAACAACGGUGGUUGCGAUUCCAACGCUCACUGUAUCAACACUGAGGGUUCCUUCAAGUGCGUGUGCGAUGCUGGCUUUCGAGGCGACGGCUAUAACUGCAAGGACAUUGACGAGUGCACAGAAGACAGCACACUUUGCGAGAACGGGCACUGUCUGAAUUAUCCGGGUGCUUAUCGCUGCGAGUGCGAGAUGGGUUUCAUGCAUCCGGAUGAACACAACGAACAGGCGUGCGUAGACAUCAACGAGUGCGAGAUGUUCAGCAACCUGUGCGUUUUCGGUCACUGCGAGAAUAUCUUUGGCAUGUUCCGCUGCGAGUGUAACGAGGGUUACAAACUUGAUGGUUCCGGCGGCAAUUGCACUGACGUGGACGAGUGCGAGAGUCCGCAGUCUUGCCAAUAUGGCACUUGCAUCAAUACGCAAGGCAAAUACCUCUGUCGCUGUCCACCGCAUUAUGACCUCGUGGAAGCUGGAAAUGCUUGCGUGGAUAGACGCGAAUCGUUUUGCUUCACGGGUUUCGAGCAUGGUACCGGAAGGCCUCAGUGCGUUUUCGAGAUGGCGUCAUCGAUGACGAAGGCAACAUGUUGCUGCAGUAUCGGCAAUGCCUGGGGCAAUCGUUGUGAAGAGUGCCCGCAGAUCGGCACAAAGGAAUAUGAGCAAUUGUGCCCCAGUGGGCCGGGAUAUAGACCGAAUCGUAUAACUGUUAUUCUGGAGGACAUCAAUGAGUGUGAGGAACAUGAAAAUAUAUGUCAGAAUGGGCACUGUACCAACACGUUUGGCAGUUUCAUGUGUUCCUGCAACGAAGGUUUCAUCUUGGACGACACUAAAACCAAUUGCAUCGACAUAAACGAAUGCGCACUGCAUCCACACAUAUGCGGAGUAGGAUACUGUAUCAAUGACCAAGGGAAAUAUCAUUGCGAGUGUCCCGAAGGAUACAUGGCAAUGCCUGGAGGAAAGGAGUGUGUCGACAUGAGGAAAGAAUUCUGCUAUCUCAUCUACGAUUCCGGACAGUGUCUCAAUCCCAUGCAGCAGCCACAGACUAAAAUGUUGUGCUGCUGUUCCAUGGGCGCUGCAUGGGGCAGCAAUUGCGAGAGAUGUCCUGAAGCACGUACCCGCGAGCACGAGAUACUGUGCGGAUUGGUACCGGGUCAGAUCAUGAAUCCGAUCACGAAUCACUCUGAAGAGAUCGACGAGUGCGCCCUAAUGCCGACGAUGUGCACCCACGGACGGUGCAUGAAUACACCUGGUAGUUUCGAGUGUCAAUGCGAUCGAGGCUACGUUUACGAUCAGGAUUCACAUCAGUGUAUCGAUGAGAACGAGUGUCUGCAGAUACCGAAUCCCUGCAGCGGUAACGCACAGUGCCGCAAUCAUCAGGGAUACUUUGAGUGCGUGUGUCCAGCUGGUUACAAACUUGGUCUUAGUCAACACGACUGCGUCGACAUUGACGAAUGUUAUGAGCGACCGGGUAUCUGUAACAACGGCGCGUGCAACAAUCUGCAAGGUGGCUUCCAGUGCGUCUGCCAUUCCGGAUUCUCGCUGACUCGCGAUAGAGACAACUGCGUCGACAUCGACGAAUGCCAGCGCAAUCCGAAUAUAUGCAACAACGGUACUUGUAUCAACACCUUGGGCUCCUACAAGUGUCAGUGCUAUCAAGGAUUCAAGCUCAGUCCUAACAACGAUUGCGCGGAUAUUAACGAGUGCCGAAUAAUGCCGUUUUUGUGCCGCAAUGGCAGAUGCCGCAAUACGAUUGGCGGUUUUAUUUGUGAAUGUGCAGACGGUUACGUAUUGGCGCAGGACGGUCAACACUGCCGUGACAUCGAUGAAUGCCAUGAGAUACCGGGGUUGUGUCCGCCGCCAGGGAAAUGUCAGAAUCUGAUGGGAUCUUAUAUAUGUUCUUGCCCACCGGGAUACGAAUUAGAUCACACAAGGAAAAAAUGCGCCGAUGUGGACGAAUGCGUGGAGACGAGAGACAUUUGCGAGAAUGGUCGGUGCAUCAACACAGAAGGCGGCGUGAUUUGCGAAUGUCCGGUCGGAUAUCGAUUGAGCGACAAACCGAACUCGAUGAGGUGCAUCGACGUGAGAGAAGAGCUGUGCUAUGACACUUACAGGCGAGGCCAAUGCACCAGCCCACGAGAAGGCGGUAUGACAAGGAAACAUUGUUGCUGCACGAUGGGCAAGGCUUGGGGACGUUACUGUGAACCGUGUCCACAGGAAAACAGCGAGGAAUUCAAGAGGUUAUGCCCGGAGGGACCAGGCAGGGACGACACCGGUAUUGAUUUGAAUGAGUGCCUGUUCAUGCCGGAUGCCUGUUCCGGUGGCGAAUGCAUCAACACAGAUGGCUCAUUCCGAUGCGAGUGUCCGACAGGAUACGUGUUGGACGAAACCGGGAGACGGUGCGUGGACAACAAUGAGUGUUUGAGUGUCCAGAACAUCUGCGGUAACGGCACUUGCCGCAACAUCGACGGUGGCUUCGAGUGCGCCUGUAACGACGGAUUCGCGCCGGGUGCUAAUCAAGUCUGCGAAGACGUGAACGAGUGCCUGGAGCUAGGCAAUCAGUGCGCUUUCAGGUGCCACAAUGCGCCAGGCUCUUUCCGUUGCAUUUGCCCGUAUGGAUACACCUUGGCGCCUGACGGCCGCCAUUGUAUAGACGUGGACGAAUGCGUCACGCCAGCGAAUGACUGCAGAUUCCAAUGCAAGAAUCUGAUCGGCACUUUCAUGUGCAUCUGUCCGCCCGGGUACCAGAAGAUAGGAACGGGGGACGAAUGUAAGGAUAUCAACGAAUGCGCCAUUAACUCUGGUCUUUGUCAACAUGGACGUUGCGUCAACUUGGAAGGAAGUUAUCAAUGUCUUUGCUAUGAAGGUUUCGAGCAAAGUCCCGAUGGAAAAUCGUGUAUCGAUCGAAGAGUCGGCUAUUGUUUCCUGCAAACGAUUGGCGGCAGAUGCACCGCUAGAACUUCAGAACUACGUACAGUCACGAAGGCAGACUGUUGCUGCACUAUGGGGGCAGCAUGGGGACCGCAAUGCGAGAUCUGCCCGUCCCGAGACUCCGAUAAUUAUAACGAGCUUUGCCUGGACAAAGGAUUUUCCGUGAACGGUCAAGAUAUCGACGAGUGCAACACCAUACCCGAUCUUUGCAAGAAUGGUCAAUGCGUCAAUACUCUCGGCUCCUACAGAUGUAUUUGCAAUAAAGGCUACAAAGCUGAUAAAUCUGGUAUUAACUGCAUCGACAUCAACGAGUGCGAAAUGACGCCGAAACCGUGCAAGUACAACUGCCAGAACACCGAGGGCAGUUUCAUCUGUUCAUGUCCGACAGGUUUCAUCUUAAACCCUGACGGAGUUAGCUGCAGGGACAUGGAUGAAUGCGCGACCGGAAGUCACUUGUGCCAGCAGAAUUGCGUUAACACUCCGGGAAGCUAUAUUUGUGGAUGCCAAGAGGGUUACAAUCAACAAGGGGACGCGUGUCAUGAUAUCAACGAAUGCGAUCAGCCGGGAAUUUGUCCAAAACCUGGUAAGUGUAUUAACACUCUAGGCAGCUUCCAGUGCAUCUGUCCGCGAGGCUUCAAACUGGAUCAUACCGGGAGAUUUUGCACGGAUCACAACGAGUGUGCUGACGAUGCCAAUUGUGAACACGGUUGCCAGAACUUCAUGGGCAGUUACCGAUGCGGCUGUCCGGAAGGCUUUAUUCAACAUCUCUAUUACAAUCAGUGUAUCGACGAAAACGAAUGCAAUACGUCGCCUUGUGGCGAUAGCACUUGCAUCAAUACAAUUGGCAGUUAUAAGUGCGGCUGUCCGGACGGUUACCAAUUCGAUAACAAUUUGGCGAUUUGCGUGCAGGUGAGUGCCGGAUGUUUAGGCAGCCCAUGCGCUUUCGGAUGCACUCCUAACGGAGCCAGCGGAUUUAUUUGCGGCUGUCCUACUGGUUACCAACGAAUAGGGCAGGGUCACUGUCUGUCCACCAUUAAUCCGUUGUCUCAAGGACGCUACGGCGAAGAGAUCGGCAACGUGCCGACUUUCCAGAUCAAUUCUGAUCCAUACCAUAUACCGCCAGCUGACGACAAGACGAUUUCCACAGAAGGAUGCUUCUCAUGCAAGGUAAACGGUAACGGACGACACAGAAGAAAUACUAAGAAUAGGUCGGCAGAUAAAGAUAUCAGAAUGAAGAAACGUCGAAGUGCUAAAGCGAAGAGACAUAAUCACGGAAUGGAACAUGUUCUCAAAGUCAACCUGCGUCAGACAAGACAUCGUACGCGGAUUAUUAAGCUGAAAUCCGCCAUUAAAGACGAAGAGAUGGACUACACCAUCGUACGUGGCAACAACGACGGCCAUUUUGAGAUAGUCAGGGAACGCGGGAUUUCUGCCUUGCACUUCCGGCAUCGACUGAAAAGUCCCAGCGAGUUUCGCAUAGUGAUUCACGGUCGUCCCAAGAACGAAACGACGGCGAGCAAAGAAUGGGAGAAACCGCUAACGUUUAGAGUUCAUCUAAUAGUCGUGGAAUGA